ACGACGUGCGGCAGUGAGCAGCAAAACAGUCGAACGUUGAACGCCAUGGCUAACGAUGCAGACAGAAUUGGAGAUCCGGUAACCUCGACUACAGUUCUCUGUGGAUGUAAACGGAUAUCCGUCAGCUCGUUACGUGGCAACCGAUUCAUCAAGGCCGCUUUCCUCGUCUUCCUGAUCGUUUGUCUAUAUGCCUGGAGCAGUAAUUGGAGUCACAGCGGCGUUUCGUCCCGUUGUCCCUUCCGGCAGAAAGGCAUCCCCUUCUUGAUGCGGCCCGCCAGCCGCUGCGACGAAGGCGCCCCCUUCCUGGUCCUACUGGUCACCAGCUCCCCGGGUCAGUUCGAGGCUCGAUCGGUCAUCCGCCAGACCUGGGGGAGUGAGCGGUGGGUUGGCGGAGCCCGGGCAGUCACCUAUUUCGUGCUGGGACACGGGAGGCGUCAGCAGGAUUGGAUUCAAAGGGAGGGUGAUAUGCACCGGGACAUCAUCCAGGGUGAUUUCGAUGACACGUACUACAACCUGACCCUCAAGGUGCUGGUGGGUCUCGAGUGGCUCUGCUGCUACUGUCCCUCCGCCGCCUUCGUGAUGAAGACCGACUCCGACAUGUUUGUGAAUACCGACUACCUGCUGGAGCUCCUCUCCCGCGCCCCCCGCAGCAGCUUCGCCACCGGGGCCAUUUUCAGAAACUUCAAGCCUACACGCGUGAAAUGGAGCCGUUGGUACAUCAGCAAGGAGGAGUACCCUGGGGCAACCUACCCACCUUUCUGUUCCGGCACCGGCUACGUCAUGUCCACCGACGUGGCUUGCGGCGUGUGGAACCUCUCCGGGACCGCGCCGAUGUUCAAACUGGAGGACGUCUACGUGGGGCUGCGUCUCGCGGAGCUGAAGGUAAAUCCGGUGCCAAUCCACUCAAAGCCCGUGUUCUUCUACCACAAGGUACCGUAUUCUGCCAGCACCUACCGGCGUCUCGUCACCUCGCAUCACAUAACGAACUCGGAGAAGCUGCUCUACUGGCGAGGGGUUCAGGACUCGGACAGUAAGGAGUGACCUGGGGAGGCGUGACGGAAAAGGUUUUACAUAUUCUGCCCCUUUGAAGAGGGGGCGAGCUUACAUCUGCACGGUUGGUGGUGGGCAUUUGAGGGAAAGGAGUGAGAAUAGGUGACGGGAGAGGGCUUCACGGCGACGGUACGAAAGGAAGGGAGUGAGGGAUGUGUAUUGGAGAAUGCGGAGGCGCUGUGACCGGAAGUAUAACAAGAGGAAGGUGGACAAAGAGGUGUGAGCGCGGAGGUAAGCAUGCGGGCGGCGGUGCGACUGGGCUGGUCGUGAAAGAGAAGAGCUGGACAGCGGAAGGGAAACUAGGAGACAAUGAAAAAGUGAGAAAUGGGUGCAGGAAGAGCAAGUAUUAGAGAGCAGAAUGAGAAAAAGUAAUGGACAAGAGAGGGAAAACUGUUUGGAACCGUGACAAAUGCAGCUCUUAGAAUACAUUUGGAAAUGGAUUAGAAAUGAAUAGGUAGGGUGCUGAGCAUGUUUCAGAAACGUGGCGACGGUGGUGCUACAGCGGGAGGGCGGAGAAGUAGAAAUGGCGCGGUUGUGCAAGAAUCGGGAAAGUGAGUGACGGGGACAGAAAGCGAAAAUGGAAACCAGGUGAAAGGAGGCGGAUAUGAAGCAGGUCAAGAGGGAAGAGGA